CUUAGUGCUUUUUGUUUAACAAUUCUUUUUGAUUCACUUUUAGUUCUUUCUGUUGUCUAACAGUUGGAAAGUAUUCCUUUGAUGGUGCAAGGAGUAUGGGCUGAAGAUCCUGCAGCACAAAUAGAAGCAACCACACAGUUCAGAAAGCUAUUAUCAAUUGAGCGCAGCCCUCCAAUAGAUGAAGUGAUCAAAGCAGGUGUUGUUCCUCGGUUUGUGGAGUUCCUUGGAAGGCAUGAUUUGCCUCAACUGCAAUUUGAGGCAGCUUGGGCUUUGACCAAUGUUGCAUCUGGGACAUCAGAGCAUACCCGAGUUGUCAUUGAACAUGGUGCUGUCCCCAAAUUUGUGCAACUUUUGAGCUCUGCAAGUGAUGAUGUCCGCGAACAGGCAGUAUGGGCUUUGGGUAAUGUUGCUGGUGACUCUCCAAGUUGUAGGGAUCUUGUUCUUGGUCAGGGUGCGCUUAUGCCUUUAUUAGCUCAGUUGAAUGAACACUCAAAACUAUCUAUGCUGAGAAAUGCUACAUGGACUCUGUCAAACUUUUGUCGGGGCAAGCCUCCAACACCGUUUGAGCAGGUGAAACCUGCAUUGCCAGUUCUUCAGCAACUUAUCCACUUGAAUGAUGAAGAAGUUCUAACAGAUGCUUGCUGGGCACUCUCUUAUCUUUCUGAUGGCCCAAAUGACAAAAUUCAAGCUGUGCUUGAGGCAGGUGUCUGUCCACGCCUUGUGGAGCUGCUGCUUCAUCCAUCCCCUACAGUUCUUAUACCCGCACUUAGGACAGUGGGAAAUAUUGUUACUGGUGAUGAUGCCCAAACUCAGGGGUGUCCGCGGUUCGGUUUGGGACGGUUUGCGGUUCGGUUUGGACCAGCCCGCACGCAUUUUGUGAUUGACAACCAUGUCCUCCCUUGUCUCUAUCAACUUCUCACACAAAAUCACAAAAAAAGCAUCAAGAAAGAAGCUUGCUGGACAAUAUCAAAUAUCACUGCUGGGAAUAGAAGUCAAAUUCAGGCUGUUAUUGAAGCCAACAUCAUACUUCCCCUAGUACACCUUCUUCAACAUGCAGAAUUUGACAUCAAGAAGGAGGCUGCGUGGGCCAUCUCAAAUGCUACCUCUGGUGGAUCUCAUGAACAGAUCCGAUACUUGGCAAGCCAAGGUUGCAUUAAGCCACUUUGUGAUCUUCUGAUCUGUCCUGACCCAAGGAUUGUGACAGUGUGCCUUGAGGGGCUUGAAAACAUUCUGAAAGUGGGUGAGUCUGACAAGGAAGCGGGAAUGAAUGGUGGAAUAAAUCUUUAUGCACAAACGAUCGAUGAAUGUGAUGGAUUGGAUAAGAUUGAGAAUCUCCAAACCCACGACAACAAUGAGAUCUAUGAGAAGGCGGUGAAGAUCCUAGAGAGAUACUGGGCUGAGGAAGAUGAGGAAGAACAGAAUCUUCAAGAUGGAAUAGAUGGAAACCAACAAGGUUUUAAUUUUGGAAAUACUCAGCCAAACCUUCCUGCUGGUGGAUUCAAAUUCGGCUAGAGGGGUCUUUAGUGGUAUGUCUUUUGGUUUUUUAGGCCUUGUUACUUUGUUUGAAUGAAUUUAUUGACUUUGUUGUUUUAGUUUUACAUGUCGCCAACAGUCGGGUUUUUUUUUUGUUCUGGUAAAUAGGCUGAAUUUGUCUAUGGAAUUUAUUGCGAAGUGUAAGACUUUUUUAACUUGUGGUUUUGACUUCAUUUGUAUUUUCUAUAUUGUUGUGAAGGAAAAUGUCUCAAUGAUUUGGUUUACUUGAAUAUGUAAUUUUUUUUAUGAUUUGAA